AUGGCGGCCCGGCAGCUGCUCCUGAGGCGAGUGGUGGCCACGGCGCCGCGGGGCCGGCGGGGCUAUGGCAGCGGCGAGUACCUGCACCGCAGCAUCGUGCCCACCAUGCACUACCAGAAGAGCCUGCCCAGACUACCUGUUCCCAAACUAGAAGAUACAAUAAGGAGAUACCUGAAUGCACAGAAGCCUCUUUUAAAUGAUGACCAGUUCAGGAAAACAGAAGAUCUUGCUCAUCAGUUUGAAAAAGGAAUUGGAAGACAGCUGCAUGAGCAACUAGUUGCUCAAGACAAUCAGAACAAGCAUACUAGUUACAUUACAGGUCCCUGGUUUGAUAUGUACUUGAAAGCACGUGAACCUGUUGUUCUGAAUUUUAAUGCAUUUAUGUCUUUUUAUCCUGAUCCAAAAUCUGAAUACAAUGAUCAGCUCAUACGAGCUACGAACAUGACUGUUUCUGCCAUACGUUUUAUGAAGACCUUAAGGGCUGGUUAUCUUGAACCAGAGGUUUUUCACCUCAAUCCCCAAAAAAGUGACACAAAGCUCUUCAAAAAUUUCAUUCGAUUUGUGCCGCCUUCUCUUUCUUGGUUUGGUGCCUACAUGGUCAAUGCAUAUCCCCUAGAUAUGUCUCAGUACUUCCGGCUUUUCAAUUCAACGCGCUUGCCUAAACUCAACAGAGAUGAACUUUAUACAGAUGAAAAGGCAAAGCACUUACUGGURCUGAGAAAUGGGAAUUUUUAUGUAUUUGAUGUUAUUGAUAAAGAUGGAAAUAUGGUGAAACCUUCGGAAAUACAAGCGCACUUGAAAUACAUCCUCAAUGACAACAGUCCAGCGCCAGCCUUCCCUCUUGGGUAUCUCUCCAGUGAAAACAGAGAUACAUGGGCAUUGCUGAGAAAGAAUCUAUUGGACAAUGGCAAUGAAGAAGCUCUUCAAAAAGUAGACUCUGCCCUCUUUUGUUUAAGUUUAGAUGACUUUUCUGUCAAAGACCUUAUGCACUUGUCCCACACUAUGUUGCAUGGAAAUGGUGCUAACCGUUGGUAUGACAAAUCCUUUAAUCUUAUCAUAACUAAAGAUGGCACAACAGGAGUUAAUUUUGAACAUUCUUGGGGAGAUGGGGUGGCAGUGCUCAGAUUCCAGAAUGAGAUUUUUAAAGAUAGCACUGGAGAACCAGCUGUCAGCCCCCAGUCCCAGCCUGCUUCAAUUGACUCUUCUAGAGCAGUACAGAGACUUGACUUCAAGCUGAAUGAUGCUUUAAAAGCGGGAAUUACCAAAGCCAAACAAAAUUUUGAUUCUACUGUAGAAACACUUGCCGUUGAUAUGAUUCAGUUCCAAAAAGGGGGCAAGAACCUGCUAAAGCAGAAGAAGGUAAGUCCGGAUGCUGUGGCACAGCUUGCCUUCCAGAUGGCUUUCCUUCGACAGUACAAUCAGACUGUUGCUACGUACGAAUCUUGCAGCACUGCAGCUUUCAAACAUGGUCGUACAGAAACUAUACGUCCUGCCUCCAUCCACACAAAGAAAUGUUCAGAKGCUUUUGUCAAAGAACCAUCCAAACAUAGUACAGAGGAGCUUCAGAAGAUGAUUGUGGAGUGUUCAGAAUACCAUGGCCGUUUGACAAAAGAAGCUGCUAUGGGUCAGGGAUUUGACCGCCAUCUCUUUGGCUUGCGCUGCUUAGCCUUAUCCAAAGGUACUGCAUUACCUGAUUUUUACCAAGACCAAGCCUAUGCUCGGCUUAAUCACAACAUCUUGUCUACAAGCACGUUGAGUAGCCCAGCUGUGCAAUUAGGAGGGUUCGGCCCAGUGGUGCCUGAUGGUUUUGGAAUAGCAUAUCAAGUACAUGACGACUGGAUAGGUUGCAGUAUUUCCUCUUACCCAACUAGGAAUGUUAAAGAAUUCCUUCAGUGUCUAAACAAGUCACUGGAAGAUAUCUUUAAUGUUUUAAAGAGAAAAAAAGAUUAGCAGUUAGAGUAAAAAUUUUGGAGCACUUCACAGUUGCCUAAUGAAAUGCUGGCUGUGUUUAAAUGCCAGAACAUUGUAAUCAGGGUUCACUGUGGCUUAAACUUCCCAUCUUAAUUCAUUUAUCUACAUUGAAUUUGGAUAUUGUGUGGAUUCAUUUUGAGAAUUUAUCAGUUUUGAAGAAAUCAAGUACCUUUGAUAUAUAUUUCAGGAAAUUCAAACAAUGGCAAAAUUAAGAAACAGACAUAUCAUGUGCUCUUAAAAUACAUUACUUAAAAUAUAAAGCAAUAAUUAUGAUAUUUAAGAACUUGAACAGCUAUGCUUCAUGAGUUUCAGGAAGACAACAGCACUGUAAAACCACUUAUGAACUGUUUGGUUUUAGAAUAACAUAUGCAACUGUUAAAAUGUGAAAGAGGAAUGGUAACAUUUGCACUUUUGCAGUAAGCUUGCUUACUAACUUGUCACACUUACUUUUUUCUCUAAACUUGAAUCAAUGUCAGACUCAUUGUGCCUCAACUGCUUGAAGCCUUUUCAAAGAAGCUGUUUUGAGAAACAAUAAUUGAAGUGGGAGGCUUUAAGUAACUUGCAACAACCAAUUAUGUUGUCAGAAUAUCUGGAAAGAUUAUUGUUAUAAUAAAGCUAUCUAUUAAUAACCACAAAGUUAUUUUAUUACCAUAUUGAAGUAGGCAGUAUGGGGGUAAUCUCUUGUAUCAAUAGGUUGUUUC